AAGGUUUAGGGGAACGCCUUAAAACUUGGGGGUGUAAGAGAAAGGAGGGGUAUAUGCAUGAGUAGGUGGUGUUCUGCGUUAUUUGAAUGCAAAUGCAGAGAGAACAAGCCGAGACUGUGUUUGAGAGAGAAACAGGGAAAAGGAGGUGGAGAGUUGUCUUUGGAUUUUAGUUAGACACUGAAUAGACACAGAUUUAGUUUGCCAAGUGCUUAGUUCACUUUUGAGACGUUGCUUGCUCAUGUAUGCACUUGGCCUUCCGCCUUGUAGCUCUCUAUAUAAAUGAAACAUGGAUUUUUGAUUGUUUCUCAGUACUAAUGCAGUGAGACUUACUGUAAUUUAGUUUAAAGAGAAAGAUUUUCAGUCUGAUUCAACCCAUGGGCCAUUUAGCCAUUGACUUUCCCCUGCAUCAUGUCACGCCGGAAACAGAAAAGACCUCAGCACUUUUUCAGCCCUAUCCACAACACUUCGUGGCUACUUCAACAUGAGGAGCAGUUGGCAGUGAAGUCCCUCACCUCUACUCUUGCAAAGAACUCUUCCUGCUCUUCCUCAUACUCUACAAUUCAAAGCUGCCAAUCUACCUUAAACCCAAGUCCACCGGUUGAAAGGCUCACAACACCUUCUCUGACCAGACCAAGCCAUCGUAUCUUUCACCUUCCCUGCCAGCCCAUUCAAUUUCCUUUAAACCUAACAGAGUCUCACCUUUCCCAAAUUCCUGACACACCAUCCCAUUCUACUAAUCAACCUAUCACUACUACUGCACCAACCGUGCUCUCUACCCAUCACUCACCCAUGGCUUCUCCAAAGUUAGGCGUGUCAGCAACCACAACCUCUUCAUCCUCCUCCAUUGCUGCUUCUCUUUGUGUGCCUCCACAUCCUGGAAGCCCCAAUUCUGUGCCUCAGGGUCCCCCAAGUCCAGUUACACCCUCUUCCAGCCCAAGCUCAGUUCCUUCAGCCCCAGCAUGUGCACCCGUCAGUAUUGCUUUCAUCUUGGAGGAGCUACGUGUGCUGCAGCAGAGGCAAAUCCAUCAAAUGCAGAUGACUGAGGAAAUCUGUAGGCAAGUACUGAGGCUGGGAGGAGGAUCUUGUGAAGUGGAUUCAAAGCCAUUUAUACUUCCAUCUCUGCCACAGCUUUGUUUAAAAGGUUCUGAUAACAACCCCAGACCCUCCCGACCAAAGUCAUCACCUCCCCCUACCUCUGUGGCUCCUCUUUUGGCCUGUUUCUCAUCCCUGCUUCCACCUCAGACCACCUCCAAGUCCUCCAAACAUGCCCACCCUCUCUUGAAUGUCUUACGCCCCCAUAAGGCACAGUAUGAUAGUGGGGUAGUUACUCCAGCAAAUUUCACCAAUCAUACAAGUGCUGCCACAUCCUCAUCAAUGCCCACACCUGCUGCCUCAAACUAUCCACUCACACUUUCCCUGGGCAUAUCAUCACAAAAAUCAUCCAACACCACAGCAGCCAGUGGAAACAGUAGUCUUACCUUCCCGAACCAAUCUCUAUCAACGGCUGCUGUCCCUACUGGCCCCUCACAGGGUCCAAAACUCUCUGCUCAAGGAGGUACGCCUGUCUUAUCAUCGGGGCGUAUGCAUCAUGCAUGCCGAUUUUGUCGGAAACUCUUCAGCAGCGAUUCAUCCCUGCAAAUACACUUGCGUUCACACACAGGGGAGCGUCCUUACCAGUGCCCUGUAUGUUUCAGUCGAUUCACCACACGAGGGAACCUCAAGGUCCACUUCUUGCGCCAUCGUGAGCAAAACCCUGAACUUUCUUUUUCAUUGUUUCCCUGUUCACUUUUUGCAUCUGUUACUGGGGGAUCAAUGGGAGGAUCAGCACAAACUCAAACUGUCACCUCCAACAAUACAAAUGCUAUUCAGAAGCUUCAGAUCCAGCAAGAGGAUGAUCUGUGUGGUGACAGUCUUGAGGGCACUACUGCCUCAACACGCGCCACAACCUCAUCUCUGCCUCCUAGUAUUGAUUUGGCUCUGCUGACCACUGCACACUCUCUCCUUCAGCUCAACCGUGCUGCUGCUGCUGCGGCUGCUGCAGCCUCUACAUCCGCUACCUCCUCAAUAACAUCCUCAUCAACAUCCUCUCUGGCCUCCACCCUUCUUUCAGCUCCUGCCUCAUCCACCUCCUCCAUUGCUGGGGUAUAUAAAGGAGUGAAACAACAGCGCUUUGAUGAGAACACCCCACCUAUACCUACUCUGCUGCCCCAUUCUGCUUACUCACAGCUUGCCAACUUACCCAAAAUCUUCUUCCCAGCAUCUUCCACUCACCAUCUUCCAGGUCAUGGGUUUCUCAGGCAGACAACUCCAGCCGGAUCAUUUCUGCCAUCCCCGCAACAACAUAUCACAUCCCCAUUCACAGCUUCAUCCACGGCCCCUUCCAUCUCGACUUCAACCUCGGACACAUCAAAGCUGCAGAGACUGGUGGAAAAGUUAGAGAAAGAACCACACAGUCAGUCACACUGGGUUUCAUCCAUUGGGGAGACUUCUACCAGCAGCCAUAGUGUAGCAGGUGCAUUAAGCUAUAGCAGCAGUGGCUUAAUGAGCACAAGCACAUUCAGUACAAAUGUGGUCACCUCACUUCCAUCAUCUACAAUCCAAAUACCAUCAUCCCUCUUCAGCAAGGAGUCACCUUACCUGGGACUUAUGAACUCUGCUGGGACAUUUGCCCCAAAUCAGUGUAGUGUGUGCCUGCGGGUGUUAAGCUGCCCAAGAGCGUUGCGUUUGCACCAGGCUACUCAUUUAGGUGAGCGACCCUUCCCCUGCAAGCUAUGUGGUCGUUCCUUCUCAACUAAAGGAAGCCUGCGAGCACACCUUGCCACCCAUCGAGCCCGCCCACCAAACAGUCGUGCCCAAAAUUCUUGUCCCUUAUGCCAACGGAAGUUCACCAAUGCCCUUGUGCUGCAACAUCAUAUCCGCAUGCAUUUAGGAGGACAGCUACCACCAGAGAACAUGCCUGAUACUUCAACAGAUUGUGAUACUUUGUCCCAUCCCCAGUCUAUUGAGCUCUCUGCUUCAGAGAUAAGCCCUAGCACUAUGGAUGUUCAGUUAUUACAUGCUGAUCUACAAACAGUAUCAGAUUCUAGACAUACUGAAUCCCUUGCUAACAGUACAGGUCCCACAGUAUGUCCCGCAACCUCCAGCUUACCUGCUUCACUUAGCUCAGGUCGUAUACCACCUUUCGACCUAAGCCCUGACCCCUCCCUGAAUCCAACCCCCCAUUCACCUCCAACAUUCAGACCUGAUCCCCCUGAGCUCUCUCUCAGUAUACCUUCUCCAGUAGAAUCUACAGCCUCCCUUGUCCCUCCUGCCACUCAGUCAGCAUCAGCAACAACUGGUCCUUCUGCCACUAAUGAACUAUCUUUUGAACUUUCCAGCAACACUGCCUCCUUGGAAGACAAAAUUAUUUCAUGCUCCUCUGCUCUAAUGAAAGCCAGUCCACAAAGAGAUGACUGUGAACUCAGUGAAAAUACAUCUCUCUCACCCAUUUCUUGCUCUGGAUCCAGAUCAAAUCUAGAGGAUUUCCUUGGUAUACAAGCUCAUAAUGCAUCCAGGGAUCCUCGGCCACAUCCAACAUCAACACCACCUUCUGUUCUUGCGCUGAGAUCUGAUAGUGUGUCUACUUAUACAGUACGCCUAGAUGAGCCUGACCAAAGCCUUGUCCAAAUAUCCAAAUCAAUCCACCAAGAGUUCCCUAAGGAAGAAAAGACGGAAGAUAUACAUAAAACACCAAAGAAUGGUCAAAGGACAACUCCAGAUUUGAGUAUUAAUGCUGAUGUGGGGUCAGACACUGUAGACAAGACAAGUGAGGACGCAGCUGAGACUGAGAGGCCUGACAACAUACAUGUGCAGAAGAAGGAAACUCACUCUAGUUCAACCUCAAAGGAUAAAGUGGACCUUAAAGAUACAACAGGAACUGAAAUGGACAAAACAGAAUCAACUGGAUGCAUAUCACUGACUCCCAGUCUUCCACCUCCCAUGCCAGAGAAAAAAAUCUACCAUUGUUCCGAAUGUGGAAAAGAGUAUGCAAGUCGCAGUGGACUCAAGGGACAUAUGAAGCACCAUGGAGGAGUUGUCAAGGCACCUCGAACUCCAGCAAGGACCAAGGGCCCAGAGAGAGUGUUGCAUCAUGAGCGGUCACAAACUCACCACCUUGCAACCUUCCUGCCACCAGGGCAUCAAUGAGUUUCUUAAGCCAAGCCCUCCAAAAACAUCAGCAAGCACCAGAGACCUCUCCACCAAUCGCUGUUAAAGAAAACAGAGACAAAGUGUUGAGAUCAGUCUAAUAGCUGACAAGAAAAAGGAAUUAUAAAGGAUACUUAUGAUUGUUGACUGUUCAC